CCCGCAACCAGCCCCUCUUCCUGCCCCCCCUCUCCCGGUCUCUCUCUCUCAUUCCCGGUGGGAUGGAAGUCCCCGGUAAUCCUCCUCCCCGGUAGCAAGCGGCGGGGCGAGUCCGGUGCAAAAUGCUGGGCAUGUAUGUGCCGGAUAGGUUUGCUCUGAAGUCGUCAAAAGUGCAGGACGGGAUGGGGCUCUACACGGCCCGCAGAGUCAAAAAGGGUGAAAAAUUUGGCCCCUUUGCAGGGGAGAAGCGAAUGCCGCAGGAACUGGAUGAGAACACAGACUGCAGGCUCAUGUGGGAAGUUCGUGGGAGUAAAGGUGAAGUCCUUUAUAUCCUGGAUGCAAGCAAUCCACGCCAUUCUAAUUGGCUGCGUUUUGUCCAUGAGGCUCCAUCACAGGAACAGAAGAAUCUGGCAGCCAUUCAGGAAGGGGAAAAUAUUUUCUAUCUGGCUGUGGAAGACAUUGAAACAGACACUGAACUUCUGAUUGGGUACUUGGACAGUGACAUGGAAGAAGAGGAGGAGGAGGAGGAAGAAGUGACUGUUAUCCAGGAAGAUGAAGACAGUGGCAACAAUAAGGAAGUGCAACCAGCUGGCGAAAAAAUUGCAGAUUCCCUCACCUGUAAAGAGGACCAUGCAUGCCCAAACUGUGAAUCCAGUUUUGCCAGCCAAGAAAUUCUAGCUGAACAUCUUCAGACUUUGCACCAAAAACCCAGUGAAGAGAAGGAAUUUAAGUGCCGAAACUGUGGAAAGAAAUUCCCUGUUAAACAAGCUCUACAAAGACAUGUUCUUCAGUGCUCAGAGAAUAUCAUCCCAGGAGACUCUUCAAGAAGUUUUCAGUGCUCUGUUUGCAAUACCUCCUUCAGCUCGGAAUCGAGUUAUGAACAGCACAAGGAGGCAUGCAGAGGGGAUGCCAGAUUCAUAUGCAAGGCAGAUAGCUGCGGGAAGAGGUUCAAGAGUAAGGAUGCCCUGAAAAAACAUAAAGAAAAUGUUCACAGCGGAAAUUCUAGGAAGAAGCUGAUGUGUUCAGUGUGCAAUAAGAAAUGUUCUUCAGCAGCAAAUCUCCAAGAGCAUCGAAAGGUCCAUGAGAUCUUUGAGUGUCAGGAAUGUGACAAGAAAUUUAUUUCAGCUAACCAGCUAAAACGCCAUAUGAUAACUCAUUCAGAAAAACGCCCCUACACCUGCGAGGUUUGCAAUAAGUCCUUCAAACGACUUGAUCAAGUGACUGCACACAAAAUAAUACACAGUGAAGAUAAACCUUAUAAAUGCAAGCUUUGUGGAAAGGGAUUUGCCCACAGAAAUGUUUACAAGAAUCACAAGAAGACCCAUUCUGAAGAGAGACCAUUCCAGUGUGAGGAAUGCAAAGCUUUGUUCCGAACUCCAUUCUCUCUACAAAGACAUCUGUUAAUCCAUAACAGUGAGAGGACCUUUAAGUGUGACCACUGUGAUGCUACUUUCAAAAGAAAGGACACAUUAAACGUUCAUAUUCAAGUUGUACAUGAUGGACAUAAGAAAUACAAAUGUGAUCUCUGUGACAAAGCUUUUGUGACACCCUCAGUCCUGAAGAGUCAUAAAAAAACUCACACAGGAGAAAAAGAGAAGAUUUGCCCAUAUUGCGGACAGAAGUUUGCAAGCAAUGGAACACUGAGAGUUCAUAUUCGAAGCCAUACAGGUGAGCGUCCUUACCAGUGUCCUUACUGUGACAAAGCUUUUAGUAAGAAUGAUGGAUUGAAGAUGCAUAUUCGCACCCACACAAGGGAAAAGCCGUACCAAUGUUCAGAGUGUAACAAGGCUUUCAGUCAAAAGCGGGGACUGGAUGAGCACAUGAGAACCCACACCGGAGAGAAGCCAUUUCAGUGUGACGUUUGUGAUCUGUCCUUCAGCCUGAAGAAAAUGCUGAUCCGACACAAGCUGACUCACAACCCCAAUCGACCGAUGGCAGAAUGCCAGCUUUGCCACAAGAAGUUUACAAGAAAUGACUACCUCAAAGUGCACAUGGAAAAUGUCCAUGGGGAAACUGACAGCUAAUUACAGUGUGUGUGAGAAUUGAUCUCACAUUCCAGUGUGCUCCAUUUGUACGUGUAAAAACUCCAGACUUCUCACCUGACUAGUAAGCAUAGUCAGGAGAAACAACAGUAAUGUGUUCACAUGUUAUUUUUCCCACUUUUUAAAAAAUAUUCUAGUAGGAUGAAAACCAAAGAAGGACAUUCACCUGAAAUAAAACAUGGCUUGAAAAUACAAAAGUUGAAGAUAAAAGAAAUUUGGGAAAACUUUAUCCUCAUUUAAAAAAAAAAAAAAGGCUUUAAGCAAACUUCACCUUCUCAAUUACAGCCUUAGAAACUUAGAUAUUGGUAGUGUUACCUGGAAAGCCUAGACAUUUGGAUCGGAACCCUUGGCUGUCUGCAACUGUAUUUCUGUAUCUAAGCUUCAAGACUCCAUUAAAAUUCUUUAAUUUGAAACCA